AUGCGUUACUUGUUUGUAACUAGUGAGAACACGAAUCGCAUUCACGCUCUGAUUUCCUGGCUGCUUCAUAUUUUGCUUGGACAGGCUAGUGAGGAAGUAUACCUGAUAUCCAAUGCGCCGAGCAGAUAUUGUGAUACAGAUUUUUUUGCUAAAUCCUCGGUUUUUAUUGAGAAUCAUGGCAAACAUCGAUACCUUUAGUUAGGUUGUAUGCCGUUGUUAGUUGAAUGAAAACUAGGCUUCGGCAAACAUCCUCUU